GAGGGGCGGGGCAGUGCGCGCGCUGAGCCAGCAGCUGGAGCGGCCGAGGGGAGCGGCCCGGCGGCCGGCGGGCUCUGUCCGCCAUGGAGGCCGUGCCCCGCAGGCCCAGGAUCUGGCUGGACCUGAAGGAGGCCGGCGACUUUGCGUUUUAUCCUGCAAGCAAAAAAUUUGUCCUGAAGAACUACGGAGAGAACCCCGAAGCCUACAACGAGGAGCUGAAGAAGCUGGAGCUGCUCAGACAGAACGCCGUCCGGGUCCCACGGGACUUUGAGGGCUGCAGCGUCCUCCGCAAGUACUUGGGCCAACUCCACUACCUGCAGAGCCGGGUCCCCAUGGGUUCAGGCCAGGAGGCUGCUGUUCCUGUCACCUGGACCGAGAUCUUCUCGGGCAAGUCUGUGGCGCACGAGGACAUCCAGUACGAGCAGGCCUGCAUCCUCUACAACCUGGGUGCACUGCACUCCAUGCUGGGAGCCAUGGACAAGCGGGUGUCUGAAGAGGGCAUGAAGGUCUCCUGUACGCACUUCCAGUGUGCAGCAGGCGCCUUUGCCUACCUGCGGGAGCACUUCCCUCACGCCUACAGCGUCGACAUGAGCCGCCAGAUCCUCACUCUCAAUGUCAACCUCAUGCUGGGCCAGGCGCAGGAGUGCCUUCUGGAGAAGUCGAUGUUGGACAACAGGAAGAGCUUCCUGGUCGCCCGCAUCAGCGCCCAGGUGGUGGAUUACUACAAGGAGGCCUGCCGGGCCUUGGAGAACCCUGACACCGCCUCACUGCUGGGCCGGAUCCAGAAGGACUGGAAGAAGCUGGUGCAGAUGAAGAUCUACUACUUUGCAGCUGUGGCUCAUCUGCACAUGGGGAAGCAGGCUGAGGAGCAGCAGAAGUUCGGGGAGCAGGUCGCGUACUUCCAGAGCGCCCUGGACAAGCUCAGUGAGGCCAUCAAGUUGGCCAAGGGCCAGCCUGACACUGUGCAAGAUGCCCUUCGCUUUGCUAUGGACGUCAUUGGAGGAAAGUACAAUUCUGCCAAGAAGGACAAUGACUUCAUCUACCACGAGGCUGUCCCGGCCCUGGACACCCUUCAGCCUGUGAAAGGUGCCCCCUUGGUGAAGCCCUUGCCAGUGAACCCCACAGACCCAGCUGUCACAGGCCCCGACAUCUUCGCCAAGCUGGUCCCGAUGGCUGCCCAUGAAGCCUCGUCGCUGUACAGUGAGGAGAAGGCCAAGCUGCUUCGAGAGAUAAUGGCCAAGAUUGAGGACAAGAAUGAGGUGCUGGACCAGUUCAUGGAUUCAAUGCAGCUGGAUCCCGAGACAGUGGACAACCUGGACACGUACAACCACAUCCCGCCCCAGCUCAUGGAGAAGUGUGCAGCUCUCAGCGUCCGGCCCGACACUGUCCGCAACCUCGUCCAGUCCAUGCAAGUGCUGUCAGGUGUGUUCACGGAUGUGGAGGCCUCACUGAAGGACAUCAGGGACCUGCUGGAGGAGGAUGAGCUGCUAGACCAGAAGUUGCAGGAGGCAGUGGGCCAGGCAGGGGCCAGUGUGGCCGGUUCCCAGGCGGAGCUGGCAGAGGUGAGGCGAGAGUGGGCCAGGUACACGGAGGUCCACGAAAAGGCCUCCUUCACGAACAGUGAGCUGCACCGCGCCAUGAACCUGCACGUUGGCAACCUCCGCCUGCUCAGUGGGCCUCUGGACCAGGUCCGGGCUGCCCUGCCCACACCAGCCCUCACCCCAGAGGACCAGGCCGUGCUGCAGAACCUGAAGCGCAUCCUGGCCAAGGUGCAGGAGAUGCGGGACCAGCGCGUGUCUCUGGAGCAGCAGCUGCGGGAGCUCAUCCAGAAGGAUGACAUCACCGCCUCGCUGGUCACCACGGACCGCUCCGAGAUGAAGAAGCUGUUUGAGGAGCAGCUGAAGAAGUACGACCAGCUGAGGGUGUACCUGGAGCAGAACCUGGCUGCCCAGGACAACGUCCUCCGCGCGCUGACCGAGGCCAACGUGCAGUAUGCGGCCGUGCGCCGGACGCUCAGCGAGCUGGACCAGAAGUGGAACUCCACGCUGCAGACCCUGGUGGCCUCCUACGAAGCCUAUGAGGACCUGAUGAAGAAGUCCCAGGAGGGCAAGGACUUCUAUGCGGACCUCGAGAGCAAGGUGGCCGCUCUGCUGGAGCGGGCCCAGUCCACCUGCCAGGCCCGUGAGGCUGCCCGCCAGCAGCUCCUGGACAGGGAGCUGAAGAAGAAGCAACCCCCACGCCCUGCCCAACCCUGCUUCUCAGUACCCCCACCCCAGCCACUGUCCAUGCCGUACACCUAUCCUCUGGGACCUAAGCAGCCCCUCACAGCACCCCCAGCCCAGCACCACUUUCCUCCUGGGAUCCCCACGGGGUUUCCAGCCCCGAGGAUAGGGCCCCAGCCCCAGCUUCAUCCCCCACGGGCAGCAUUUGGGCCCCAGCUCCCCCAGCAGCUCCCCCAGCAGCCCCUGCCACUCCAGCAUCCCCACCUCUUCCCAUCCCAGGCUCCAGGGCUCAUGACUCCCCCACCCCCCUACUCCUUCGCCCCCCAGCCUGCGGUCCUGGGGCAGCCACCACCACCUCUACACUCCCAGCUCUAUCCCCGCCCCUCUCAGGAUCCCCUGCCCCCUCACUCGGGGGCUCUGCCUUUCUCCAGCCCUGGGCCCCCUCAGCCUCCCCAUUCCACCCUGGCCUAUGGUCCUGCCCCUUCCCCUCGGCCCCUGGGCCCCCAGGCAGCCCCUCUCUCCAUUCAAGGCCCCUCACCUGCCAGCCAGGCCACCCCUAGUCCCCACCUGGUGCCUUCACCUGCCCCUUCACCAGGGCCUGGCCCAGUGCCUCCUCGGCCCCCUGCGGCAGACCCGCCCCCAUGCCUGCGCCGGGGGACUGUGGCUGCCGACCUGCUCUCCUCCAGCCCCGAGAGCCAGCAUGGUGGCACCCAGCCUCCCGGGGGUGGGCAGCCCCUGCUGCAGCCGACUAAGGUGGACGCGGCCGAGGGCCGGCGGCCACAGGCCCUGCAGCUGAUUGAGCGGGACCCCUACGAGCGUCCUGAGAGGCUGCAGCAGUUGCAGCAAGAGCUGGAGGCCUUUCGGGGCCAGCUGGGCGAUGCCGGGGCCCUGGACGCCGUCUGGCGGGAGCUGCAGGACGCGCAGGAACACGACGCCCGUGGCCGCUCCAUCGCCAUUGCCCGCUGCUACUCGCUGAAGAACCGGCACCAGGACGUCAUGCCCUACGACAGCAACCGCGUGGUGCUGCGCUCGGGCAAGGACGACUACAUCAACGCCAGCCGCGUGGAGGGGCUCUCCCCAUACUGCCCGCCCCUGGUGGCCACCCAGGCCCCGCUGCCGGGCACAGCUGCCGACUUCUGGCUCAUGGUGCAUGAGCAGAAAGUGUCGGUCAUUGUCAUGCUGGUGUCUGAGGCGGAGAUGGAGAAGCAAAAGGUGGCUCGCUACUUCCCCACCGAGAGAGGCCAGCCCAUGGUGCACGGCGCCCUGAGCCUGGCGCUGAGCAGCGUCCGCACCACUGAGACCCACGUGGAACGGGUGCUGAGCCUGCAGUUCCGUGACCAGAGCCUCAAGCGCUCCCUGCACCUCCGGUUCUGCCACGAGGCGGUGGUGAGACACGUGGAGCAGGUCCUGCAGCGCCAUGGCGUGCCCCCACCCUGCAGGCCCUUGGCUGGCACAGGCAUCAGCCAGAAGAACCACCUCCCUCAGGACUCCCAGGACCUGGUCCUCGGGGGGGACGUGCCCAUCAGCUCCAUCCAGGCCACCAUCGCCAAGCUCAGCAUCCGGCCGCCCGGGGGCCUGGAUUCCCCAGUGGCCUGCCUGCCGGGCCCUGUGGAGCCCCCAGGCCUGCUGCCAGCCAGUCUCCCGCAGUCCACCCAGCUCCCCUCCUCCUCCCCACCGCCCCUCUCUUCACCCCUGCCCGAGACACCCCAGCCCGAGGAGGAACAGUCCGUUCCUGAGGUCCCCAGCCUGGGGCCCCCCUCCUCCUCCCUGGAGCUGCUGGCCUCCCUCACCCCGGAGGCCUUCUCCCUGGACAGCUCCUUGCGGGGAAAGCAGCGGAUGAGCAAGCAGAACUUCCUGCACGCCCACAACGGGCAGGGGCUGCGGGCUGCCCCGCCCGCCGACGACCCCCUCAGCCUUCUGGAUCCACUCUGGACGCUCAACAAGACCUGAGUAGGCUUUGCCCGCCUGGUCCUCACACUACGUCUCGCCCGCCGCCCACCUGCCUGCGCCCAGCAGGGCCUCCUGAGGUGGCGGGUCUCUUCCUCCUGUCCUUGCUGCCUUCAGCCCUUCUGGUCCAGCCCGCACCCCUAUGGGGUGCAGACACGUCGCAGGCCUUAGGCGGGUCCUGCUACUGUGGGACCUGACGUUUUUCCAGCUCUUUGCUGCUGAAGGAAUAAACCAACCUGUCUGUGGCCA